AAUUUUCAGAAUAUUAUUUCCGAACAUUGAUCCUGUUUUAAUAGAAGCAACGUUUUUGUUUCUUACUGCUUUGGUUUGUCCGGUCAAAGAAACAGCCGCUUGUGUUGUGUGAACUUUAUGGCGCGGAAGAAGGAAUACGGCGGCGGUAUGGCCGCUGAUGCAAGCAGUACAACUAAUAGCGGUGCGAAACGUAUGUCGAAAAAUAAUAUGUCGAGUGAUGCACAAUGUAAAAUGGACUUAGAUCGAUUGAAUCAAACUUUGAAACGAAAAGAGACUGCAUAUCCGGGAACAAGUGUGCGGAAUGUUUACGAUGUUGCUGACUUGCGUGCACAACUCGGAUCUUUUGGUUUAACUGUUCGAGAUAUUCCAGGAGAUGGAAACUGUCUUUUCAGAGCUUUGGGUGAUCAGUUAGACGGUCACACAGGAAAUCAUCUGAAGUAUCGCCUCGAUACGGUUCGAUAUAUGAUGAACCAUCGUGGUCACUUCGAACCGUUCAUCGAUGUUCCUUUCGAUCGUUAUGUAAAUGAUUUGAGCCGUCCCGGCACUUACGCUGGACAGGAUGCACUUGUGGCGUUUGCACGUUUACACGAAGUGAACAUCAUUAUACAUCAAUUGAAUAGACCGCUAUGGAAGAUUCAGGGUACUGAAAAUAGUAAUGCUCUCGAACUUCACCUUUCAUAUCAUAACGGUGAACAUUAUUCAAGCGUUCGUCGUUUCGGUGAUAUCGCGAAUACUCCUGCUGGAAUACGCAUGGCUCCAACUACUGUUCCGUGCUGUGCAUCACACAGUGUGUACACAUCUACGAAACCUAUCACUUCCCAUGCGAAUUCUGGUAAUUUACAACAGUCUGCAGCAAAUUUGCAUAAACACAGUGUAGAUGCUUCAAAUAAAGGAGCUGUUCAUACGUACUUAUAUGGGGAAGACGAAUUCACUACUCUGGUUCACGAAGUGAUGAAUCGUACUGGGUGCCGUGAUGCUACCUUAGCUACAGAGGCUCUGAUCGAAAAUUCGGGAGAUUUGGAUCAAGCUGUUGAUUACCUCUUGUCGGUUGCAUUAUUUGUUGCCCCUGGCGAUGAUGGAAAUCUUUCCAAAUCGAUAAACCAAAGUAGUAUAGAAAUGGAGGAACACAGAAUAUUGAAAGGGCGAAACACUGAGGAUGUUGACAGGCAUCGUACUAUACCAGCUUGUCCAAGCCGUGCUACUAUUGAGCUGAUAGCUUCUGAGCAAGAGGAGAAACGGGGGCGCAAACAAGGUGGUGGUAAUAUAUCGGAGGAGCAUCUAAAAAAGCAAGGUGAUCUUUUUUUUUGACACUGUGAUUAAAACAUUUAUGCUGUAAUAAGAGUAUUUUGCCAUUUGUUCUUUCAGUAUGCUUUCUCUAGAUAGUUUAUCACAGUUUUUAGUCACAGAUUUAACGAAAAUCAGUCUCAUUUAUCAUUAACUAUGUUUCACAAUACUACGGUUAUUAUAUAUAUUAUUGCUCUUAGAUGUCAUGUUUGAUAAUGAAAACUUGAGGGCUCAGUGUCCGGUGUUGUUUAAUUGAAACAGAAAAAUGAAAUCUGGAUACCAUUUAC